GGUCAGUAUGCCGCUCCACCUGGAUAUGGCGGCCAGUACACUCAGCAAGCACAGCAAUUCGAGACGCCACCUCAGAUCCGAAAUCCUUUCAUGCCUCCACCCCCAGCUGCAUCCACAUACGCUGCGCACAACUCCAACUUCGACCCGGAUCACGAUGCGCAAAUAGCACAGUGGCACGCCCAGUAUGCGCCAGCUGAACAGCAAUUUCGAGGAAAGAAGAUGGGCAAAGACGAGCCUGUCGGCAAUGCUAACCUGGCGCCCCUGGGUCAGCGAGGGUCAGGCGCUGCACCAACCGUGGCAGAGGCGGAAGAAAAAGAUGACGGAAAGUUCACUGUCAUACGGAAAGGCGGCGGCGAGCAAUGGGAGGAUAGGUCCCUGCUGGAGUGGGAUCCAACAAAGUUCCGCAUCAUGGUUGGCAAUCUGGCUGGUGAAGUCACCGAUGACUCACUCGCGAAAGCAUUUGCCAACUACGGAGUCUCCAAAGCCCGAGUGGUGCGCGACAAGAGAACAACCAAGUCGAAAGGGUUUGGCUUCGUGGAGUUUCAAGAAGGUGAGUUGGGCUUCAAGGCGGCUCGAGAGAUGGUGGGCAAGUACAUUGGCAGUCACCCCGUCACCAUUCAGCGCAGCAAGACAGACGUGCGGCCUGCAGUUAGAAAGGACAAGCACAAGGGCAAAAAUAACCGCAACAAUGAC